GAGAGUGACAGAGACUGCCCCGAGCAUCCCCCUGGCAUGGGGGUGAGAGGUAGGGAGACCCCCAGGCAUUCCUUGGGGUGAGAAUGAUGGAGACCACCUCAGGAAUGGCCUGGGGUGACAGGGAAAGGGACAAAAUCCCCCCAAGCCCCUCCCAAGCAUCCCUUAAGCAUCCCCUGGGCACUGGACAAAAUAAACUUGGCAGAAAUCAAACUUAACACCACGUUAAAUGCCUUGACGAACAUUUGCUCUUGCCACAAGUCACUUGUGAUGGAAAUGUAAACAAAUCCCAAACAUUAAUAAAGCAACAAUAAAAGCAAUUCUGAGGCAAUUCCAAGUUUCAUCGGUUCCUGCACAGCUGUAGCUUGGCACCUGGCGUGUUCCAAAAAAAAAAAAUUAUGGAAAUUUGGCCCAAGAUUACUAAAAGAAAGGAAAAACUCUGUAUAAGUGUGACAAAGGUGACAGGAACGAAGACACCUAUGAUUUUCACAUUUGGCAAGGCCCCCAAGCCUGUGAAUUCGGGACUCAUUUAGGAAUUUAGCUACUUGAGCUGGGUUUCUUAUAGGACUUUUCGGAGCCCUGUGUUCCUCACCUUGGGGUGAAAGAACCUUGUCAGACUUGCUGGUAUCAUUUGCUCCCUUUCCUCCAUUGAUUUUAAUAAAAUUUUCAAGGAAGGACAAGAAAAUAUUUUCUUUACUCUGGCCACCAACAGCCAUUUUCCUGAUCAGUUCUCCCAUAUGUCUCCCAGAGGAAGCUGCAUCCAAUUUUCCAAGAGUUCCUCCAGAGAGAUCCACAACCUCCUCAGAGGAGGGAACCAUGCUGUUGUCAAAGGCAGUUGGGGUCAGAGAACAGUGCCUAAACUCCCUGUGCCAAAAUAAUGUCACAAUCUGCUUAAGAAAAUUGUUAGAGAGAUGCCUCUGCCCCAAUUAAGGUGCUAAGGAAACCAAAUCCAAAGUGGAUUUUAUUGAACAGUAAAUGUGAGGUAGAGAGAGAGAGAUGGAAAGAAAGAGAAAAGGAGGGAGAGCAAGAGACAGGGACAGAGACCUCCCCUGGCAGGGCAAGAGUGACAUUGUCCCCUGUGUGUGUGGCCUUCCUGGGGUGGGGGUUUUAUACCUGAGCCAGUUUGGGUAAGGGGAGUGGUGUUCACCUCCCCAGCAGGGAUUACCCCACUGUUUCAGGUUACAGUGUAAGAUGUAACCAAAUGCAUGUUUUCCAUCACCACCUUUAGAAACUGUUAUAAACAGGGGGUGCAGUGUUCUUUAUCUCUUCCAUCACUCAGCCCUGAUAACACCCUCCAGGAGCUCUCUUCUGUGAAUGGGCCAUUGAGUGUCCUGCAGGACUGGUAAAAUGACAUCAUCCCAUUGUAGGAUGCUCCGCCCAGGGGGAGGAGCCAAGCAUUCCUACCUGGAUAUAAGCUGAGCCUUGCAACACCAGGAGCACCUUGCGUACUGGAUUCCCAGAGGACAAGAGCUCCAUCACCAGCACUCAACCGUCAGAGGAAGACCAGACCCUUCUACAGGAUCACUGCUUUGACAGAAUCACAAUCAUCACUGCAACAGGACUGCAGCCACCAUUUAAUGGGACUGCUACCAGCACCCUAACCAACAGGGUGGCAGGUUUUCCCAUUCCCAAAACUUGUCCGGAUGGAGGGGGAGGCUACAAGGAAGAGGAAGAUAUCUCGAGACACCCGGGCAGACAAGGAGCUGAGGAUGGAGACCAGGGAGGGCAAAUCCCCAUGGCAGAACCUCGUGGAAGUGGCUGUUUUGAGGGGCUCCAAAAGACAGGAAUCCGACGGGGAGGAAAAGCCCCAGAAAUCCCCCAGGAGGAGGGGCUCCAAACCCAGACCAGGGUGCUCUGGGGGGGAAAGACCCACCCUCUGCCAGGAAGGUGGACAAAGCUCCUGCCAGAGCUCAGAGCUGGUGGUCCAUGAGCAGCUUCAUGAUGGGGAAUGGCCAUACAAGUGUGGAAAAUGUGGGAAGGGCUUCAGGUGCAGCUCAGAACUCCUCAACCACCAGCAGAUUCACGCUGAGAAGAGGCCUUUCCGCUGCCCUGAAUGUGGGAAGGGUUUCAACCGCAACUCCCAUGUCAUCCGCCACCAGUGUAUCCACACUGGGGAGAGGCCCUACGAGUGUCCCCAGUGUGGGAAGAGGUUUCACACUAGAUCCAAUCUCCUCCAUCACCAGCGGAUUCACAGCGAGGAGAGGCCCUUCUGCUGCCCUGACUGCGGGAAGGGCUUCAAGCACAACUACACCCUUGUCACCCACCAGCGCAUCCACACCAGGGAGAGGCCCUACAAGUGUCCCCAGUGUGGGAAGAGCUUCAUCCAGAGCUCUAAGUUGACCAGACACCAACGGAUGCACCAGUAAGGGAAGCCCUGCAAAUGCCCCAAUUCCAGGAAGAGCUUUGUGCCCGGCUGCAGCUUCAUACCCAAAUGGAGGACCCACACUGGGAAGAGACCUGUAAUCCAUAUUCACUACAAUCCAUGCUGGGAAGACACCUGUCCCUUCUCCUGCCCCUGCCAGUGACCUGAUGUGGGGUUGAAUAACAUGAGGUUCAGGCCAUGGCUGUGUCAUUACAUUCACUCCCACCUCAGGUCAUUGCCAGGGGCAGGAAAGGGACUCUCUUUCUCCCUGAGGAGAAGGGUGUCCUUUGCAGGCAGGGGGAAAUACAUUGCCAGGAAGAGCCAGUCAGUUGUGUUGUAGUUUUCCCUGCAAAUCGUUUCUAUUUUCCCUUCUGUUGUCAAUAUUUUUGCUGUUCUUG